AUGGCCUCACCACCAGAGGCGUCGGGCGCCUCAGCUUUGUCAAGCGACCCAUCCCACAAGACAGACUUGGCGUCAUCAUCAGUACCCGCAGUUUCUUCAUUAGAAAACGUCGACGGUGGCGCCAAUGAGAAAAAGGAAAAGUUUCUAGAAACCGGCGACGCAGCCUCUCUCCACGAGUCCGACGACAGCAGCGACGAUGACAGUAGCAGCAGCAGCAACGGCAGCCGCUACCGUGCCAAAGAAACCCAGGCCAGUAACAAAAAGUCCCGGUCCCGUUCCAUUAUCUCGCGCUCAUUAUCUCGAACCCGGUCUCGAACCCGGUCACGGACGCACUCCAUAGCCGACGGCACAGCACCCGUCACACGGACAGUUUCUGAAGUCCGCGGCGGCGUCUAUUUCACUCGCGACGUUGAGAUUGACGGAAUCGAGCGGGAGGAAAAGGGCGAGCGUGCCGGCCUGUCGCAUUCGAAUGCUGGAGGCAAUAUUGACCUCGAAAAGGGUGUCGGUAACGACGGCAGCAACCUCAGCCCGGGCGGCGGCGGCGGUGCAGAAAAGAGCGGCGCGGGUGCGGGCGGUGGUGCUGGUGAUGAUGCAGAUCCCAACUUGGUCAAGUGGGAGGGACCCGAUGACCCGGAAAACCCCAAGAACUGGACCAUUAGCAGAAAAUGGGCGGCCGUCUUUGUCGUCAGCCUCUUCACCUUCAUCUCGCCCGUGUCGUCCAGCAUGGUCGCACCUGCCCUGCCGGAUAUUGGCCGCGAGCUCGACAUCACCAGCUCCGUCGAGCAGCUGUUGACGCUGUCCAUCUUUAUUCUAGCGUAUGCCGUCGGUCCGUUGUUCCUCGGCCCCCUGAGUGAGCUGUACGGCCGCGUCAUUGUCCUGCAGCUCAGCAACCUGCUGUACCUCUUCUUCAACCUCGGCUGCGGCCUGGCCAAGACCCGCGGACAGAUGAUUGCCUUCCGCUUCCUGUCGGGCUUUGGCGGCUCAGCUCCGCUCGCCAUCGGUGGUGGCGUUCUUGCCGAUCUCUUCACCGCGGAGCAGCGUGGCCGCGCUCUAUCCAUGUACUCGCUGGCACCACUCUUGGGCCCGGCCGUGGGACCUAUCGCCGGUGCCUUUAUUGCCCAGAACACCAGCUGGCGCUGGGUCUUUUACUCCACCACCAUUGCGGACGGCAUCAUUCAGUUUGCCGGUCUGUUCUUCUUGCGCGAGACGUUUGCGCCGGUUUUGCUGACGUGGAAGCGCAACCGCCUUCGCAAGGAGACGGGCAACGACGCGCUCUAUACGGCGUUUGACGAGGCGCGUGCGGGCGGCGUCUGGUACACCCUGCGCAUCGCACUCAGCCGCCCCUUCGUCAUGGUGAGCUCCCAGCUUAUCAUCCAAGUCCUUGCCUUGUAUAUGAUGUACCUUUACGGCAUCAUGUACCUGGUCCUGGCGACCUUCCCGUCCCUGUGGACAGAGGUCUACCACGAACGCCAGGGUAUCGCGGGUCUCAACUACAUCGCGCUGGGCGUGGGCUUGUCCGCGGGCGCCCAGGUCAUGGCUCCGUUGCAAGACCGCGUCUAUGCAUACCUCAAGCGGCGGUAUAAUGUGUCUGUCGGCCGCCCCGAAUUCCGUGUGCCCAUCAUGGUCCCCGGCUCGAUCCUCGUCCCCGCGGGCCUCCUGAUUUUUGGCUGGACGGCCGAGUACAAAACCCACUGGAUCGGACCCAACAUUGGCGCCGCCUUGUUGGCCAGCGGCGUCAUCAUCGGCUUCCAGUGCAUCCAGGGCUACCUUGUCGACACGUACACGCGGUAUGCGGCCAGCGCUGUGGGCGCUACGACUGUUCUGCGCUCGAUUGCCGGUUUUGGCUUUCCCCUCUUUGCCCCGAACCUAUACUCCAGCCUCGGCUACGGCAAGGGCAACACCGUUCUGGCGGCCAUUGGCAUUGCCGUCGGAUGGCCGGCACCGUUUCUGCUUUGGAAAUAUGGGCCAUAUCUGCGGGCAAAGAAGUCCAGCUUCCAGGGUUAA